AUGGGCCUCACUCGAAGCACCCUCGCUGUGUUCCUCUCCCUCUUACUUGUCCUCCAACCUCUUGCAAACGCUCAAGAUCAGGCUCAAGGUCGACCAGGUGCUUCUGCUCCAGCUUCAGCCCCAGCUCCCGCUGCUGGCCGACCCGGUGCUCCUCCUCCUGAUCAAGUACCAGUCCAGCCAUCGGCUUCGGUUCCAGCUCCCGCUGCUGGUCGACCUGGUGCCCAGGUGCCAGUUACACCAUCAACUCCUCCUGCGGUGGAUCCCGCUCAACCACGACCGAAGGUCUAUUCCUGUCCCGCUGAUAAUGGCGCUAGAUAUACAACAGCCAAUGGGGUAACUUUUGAGUUGAAAUGCGACCAUGGCACGAUUGCUAAGCCCCUUGAUGCCACUACCACCAAUUCACAAAGGGAAUGUGCAGACUAUUGCUCCACACUCCCGAAUUGCCAGUCUGCCGAUUGGAACGACAGAAGCAAAAUGUGUGCAACGAAGCAGGAGGUUUGUUUUCACUUAUACUUUGCGUGCCAACUUGAUCCGCUAACUUCAGCAGUACAUACCAGAACACACACCUGGUUUCCGCUCGAAGAGCGAAUGCAGCGUCCCGAUGUAGAGCCACGAACUCCACCCGAGUGCCCAGCACCCAAGAUAGCUCUUGCUGAAAGCGUGACCGCGAGCGCGAGUUUCACAGCUGAUGGCCAAUGUCCAACCAAUGACGGCAAGAUCUUUUUGACUCCACAGGGCACAUACUUCCAAGUCAAAUGCGCCUCAGAAAAUACAGCUGCAGUUGGAAUUCCCGGGAGCAGACCACUUCAUGAUUUCGCGGAAUGCAUGACUGCUUGUGCAGACAUUCCCGAAUGCAAGAGUAUAACGUUCGCUGGUGGAAAACCCAAUUGGGAGUGUAAGAUGUUCGACACUGGUGUGGAGUCGUUGGUCGCAGAUGCUACAAGUCAAAAUAAAGCCUCGGCGAUCCUCAUCGAUCCACCAACUUCCAAUAAGGUGGAUGACUUAACAAUGCUCUGCUCAACUGAAUGCCCAAAUGCUGAUGGACAAACAUGGGUAUCUGACACAGGAGAGCAAUUUCGCAUGGACUGCUGCAAACGCCACGGUACUAUCACCAUAGGCCAAACUCAAACAGCCUCCUUGGAGGAAUGUAUGAAGCUUUGCGCUUUGGCAUUGCCUUGUCAAUCUGUCGAUUGGCAAAGAGACUCCGGGAACUGCUACUUUGGAAAACAUUCUGGUGCACCAACCAUCGCUGCAUCUGGGUGGGCUUCUGCACAUUCAAUGGGUUGUGCUGGUGCGUGCAAGAAAUCGACUGGAGGAUGCUGCGGAGGGCAAUAA